AUGACCGAGUUCGUGGAGCGGGGCUUGUGCGAACUGCUCGGGGAGCCGGCGGGGGAGCUGGUGCGCACGGGGAGCCCCAACGUGCUGUGCUCGGCGCUGCCCGGACACUGGAGGUCGAACAAGACGCUCCCGGUCGCCUUCCGGGUCGUGGUGCUGGGCGAGGCGCCGGACGGGACCACGGUCACCGUCCGGGCGGGCAACGACGAGAACUACUGCGGAGAGAUGCGGAACUCGACCGCGGUCCUCAAGAACCAGGUGGCCAAGUUCAACGAUCUCAGGUUCGUCGGGCGGAGUGGAAGGGGUAAAAGCUUUACUUUGGUGAUAACCGUCAGUUCCAGUCCUCCUCAAGUGGCAACUUACAACAAAGCUAUUAAAAUCACAGUCGACGGCCCCCGAGAACCUAGAAGUAAGAGCUGGCAGCACCAUCAUCACUUUCGAGCCUUCGCCUCUGCGUUUGGACAGCGGACCCCCUUCUUCGACCCCCGAUUGGUGGAUCCCCUGCGAGAGUGGGAACAGUUCAGGAGGAAGACUGCAGAGCAAUGGGCUCUUGAUCUGCCACGCAGGAUGGGGGUUGGUGCCACGCCCUCUGACAUGGCACAGUCUUUCAAUUUUGCUGCUGGAGAACAUCCACACUGGUUAGCAUACAAUGCACAUUAUUCACCAUAUUUCACUUCGGCUGCUUUUCGUGGAACAGGAUUUGCAGGUUACACUUUAGACAGCGCUUUCACCGCUACUGGAAUCACUAGCCAAGAUACGCAUCCAGCUUCACUAGCAGAUCCCAACGUAUCGCCUGAUUCAACGCCUGGCAGUAACAACAGUCAACUACAUCCGUCAUCAGCUUUUACAUUCAAGUCUCUAAUAGAUAACCUGGGUCAUACAAAGAAUGACCUUGCAUGUAGGCCGAACAACAGCAGUCCACUAUCAUCCGCGACCACUACAGCUUCUGAAUCUAAUCCCUGUCAUUCGACGCCAGACCAGGCCAAGCUACAGACUUCUAAUUCUGCUCUGCAGUUGCCACGGACUAAUAUUCCUCUUCUACCUGGAGCUUCUUCAUCUACAUUGUCAGUGAACCACGCCAGCUACCUUCUGGCAUCGCAGAGCUACUACGGAAGUAACGGCGCGGCAGCCACGAGUGCUGGUAUGUACCUCGGUACAGGUGGCAUGGUGCCACCUUCGCUUCUCUAUCCUCAACUUUACCAACAGAGUCAUCUCCACCCGUCCCUCCACCUCCUCGGAAACGACGCAAGGAGCUCUUACGACGUUGCGGCAUCCUUGGCGUCACAACAUCAGGAUGCUCAACAGUUGAACAACAGUCAUUCUCCAGAACUGCUCAACAAAGAACUUCAAUCUCCCUCCACCUGUUCUGAUGAAAGUCGACAAGAAGACAGCAAUGUCAACGGCCACCUUUCUUUGCGGAACUCUAGAGAGAGAUUGCAUUCCUUACGGUUGAAUGUCAUGUCAACCCCAAGGACAGCACAUAAUGAAGUUGCAACCGUAUGGAGGCCUUAUUGAAAAUUAUAUAAUACGUUUACAUGACACACAUGAACCCGGUGAUGACUGCUAAUGUCGAGAGCAUGCCACUGAAAAACAUUUGCUUGUAAUGAAUUCCAAGCAUAUAUUCAUGCCAAGAGAUUUAUAUAUAUUUUAGAAAAAUAUUUAUGUAAAAAUUAUUGUUUUUUUU